GCGGUGUUUCCGGUCGCCGUCGCUGUCCAGGGAGACUGAGGCGAGAGGGAGCUGUCCGGGCGGGAAGCCCGCACUAUCUUCUUCCUUUUCUUCCUCCUCCUCCGGGUGAGGGGAGAGAAAGUUGGGGCCCCCAAGCCCAUGGACCGGGAGGAGGCGGCUGCCGCCGAGAGCCAGGGCCCCGCUGUGUGGCCCUGAGCCCCGUGUAUUGGUUCCAGCUGUCUGGAAGGCCAUGGAGAAGAGGCUGGGAGUCAAGCCAAGUCCUGCUUCCUGGAUUUUAUUAGGAUAUUGUUGGCAGACAGCUGUGAAGUGGCUGAGAAGCCUGUACCUGCUGUAUACUUGCUGCUGCCUUAGUGCUCUGUGGUUGUCAACAGAUGCCAACGAGAGUAGGUGCCAGCAGGGAAAGACACAAUUUGGAGUUGGCCUGAGAUCUGGGGGAGAAAAUCACCUCUGGCUUCUUAAAGGAACCCCUUCUCUCCAGUCAUGUUGGGCUGCCUGCUGCCUGGACUCUGCCUGCCAUGCCCUUUGGUGGCUAGAAGGGAUGUGUAUUCAGGCCAACUGCAGCAACCCCCAGAGCUGCCGGCCUUUUAGGACAGACUCUUCCAGUUCCAUGCUUGUAUUUGUAAAAAAAUCCCAAACGGCAUAUGAUUUGGGCUUUCUGCCCGAAGAUGAUGUACCACAUUUUCUGGGACUAGGUUGGAGCAGGGCGUCUUGGAGAAGGCAGAGCCCACCCAGAGCUCCACUGAGAACUGUUCCUUCCAAUGACCAGCAGCGCUUAAUCAGGAAGCUUCAGAAGAGAGAGAGUCUCAGUGAAGUUGUUCCAUUCGUAAUGACACAACAGGCUAAAGUGAAUGAAUCCAAGGAAGUAGGUGUUCUGAAUACCAGUGGCUCUGCAGAGGUCCACAAGGGAGUUACAAGUUCCAGUCUUUUAACUACAAACCUUACUUCAGAGAUUCCUGGUUGGUCAAAGAAUGUUUCAAUGCAGCCUGAAACAUCAGAGGAUCUCGGUACUAUGCUCAGCACUCAGCAAGUAAAAAGUCCUGGGAAAACCCAAACUGCCACCCCUCUUCCAGUGGCUCCCUCCUACAGUUAUGCUACCCCUACCCCCCGAGCCUCUUUCCAGAGCACCUCAGCGUCGGCACCAGAGGUAAAAGAAUUGGUGGUGUCUGCUGGAAAGAGUGUCCAGAUAACCCUGCCUAAGAAUGAAGUUGAAUUAAAUGCGUAUGUUCUCCAAGAACCACAGCAAGGAGAAACCUACACCUACGACUGGCAGCUGAUUACUCAUCCGAAAGACUACAGUGGAGAGAUGGAAGGGCAGCACUCGCAGUUCCUGAAACUGUCAAAGCUGACUCCAGGCCUGUAUGAGUUCAGAGUGAUAGUAGAUGGCCAAAACGCUCAUGGGGAAGGCCACGUGAAUGUGACAGUAAAGCCAGAGCCCCGCAAGAAUCAGCCUCCUGUUGCUAUUGUGUCACCUCAGUUCCAGGAGAUCUCUCUGCCAACUACUUCUACAGUCAUUGAUGGCAGCCAAAGCACUGAUGAUGAUAAAAUCGUCCAGUACCACUGGGAGGAACUUAAGGGACCUCUGAGAGAAGAGAAGAUUUCUGAAGAUACAGCCAUACUAAAACUAAGCAAACUCGUUCCUGGGAACUACACCUUCAGCCUGACUGUCGUAGACUCUGAUGGAGCUACCAACUCCACCACCGCAAACCUGACUGUGAACAAAGCUGUGGACUACCCGCCUGUGGCCAAUGCAGGCCCCAACCAAGUGAUCACACUGCCUCAAAACUCUAUCACCCUCUUUGGGAACCAGAGCACCGAUGAUCACGGCAUCACCAGCUACGAGUGGUCCCUCAGCCCAAACAGCAAGGGAAAAGUGGUGGAGAUGCAGGGGGUACGGACACCAACCCUGCAGCUCUCUGCCAUGCAGGAAGGAGAUUAUACCUACGAGCUCACAGUGACUGACACAACAGGACAGCAAGCCACCGCGCAAGUGACUGUCAUCGUGCAGCCUGAAAACAACAAGCCUCCCCAGGCAGAUGCAGGCCCAGAUAAAGAGCUGACCCUGCCUGUGGACAGCACAACACUGGACGGCAGCAAGAGCUCAGAUGACCAAAGAAUUGUCUCUUAUCUCUGGGAAAAGACACGGGGCCCUGAUGGGGUGCAGCUGGAGAAUGCUAACAGCAGUGUUGCCACUGUGACUGGGCUGCAAGUCGGGAGCUACGUGUUCACCUUGACUGUCAAAGAUGAGAGGAAUCUGCAGAGCCAGAGCUCUGUGAAUGUCAUUGUCAAAGAAGAAAUGAACAAGCCGCCUGUAGCCAAGAUCACUGGAAAUGUGGUGAUCAUCUUGCCCACGAGCACAGCGGAGCUGGACGGUUCCAAGUCUUCAGAUGACAAGGGAAUAAUCAGCUACCUCUGGACUCGAGAUGAAGGGAGCCCAGCAGCUGGGGAGGUGUUAAAUCACUCUGACCACCACCCUGUCCUCUUCCUCUCUGAUCUGGUUGAGGGAACCUACACAUUUCACCUGAAAGUGACUGAUGCAAAAGGCGAGAGCGACACAGACAGGGCCACGGUGGAGGUGAAGCCUGAUCCCAGGAAAAACAACCUGGUGGAGAUCAUCUUGGAUGUCAGCGUCAGUCAGCUAACUGAGAGGCUGAAGGGGAUGUUCAUCCGCCAGAUUGGGGUCCUCCUGGGGGUGCUGGAUUCCGACAUCAUUGUGCAAAAGAUUCAGCCGUACACGGAGCAGAGCACCAAGAUGGUAUUUUAUGUUCAAAAUGAGCCUCCCCACCAGACCUUCAAGGGCUAUGAGGUGGCAGCCAUGCUCAAGAAUGAGCUGCAGAAGCAAAAGGCAGACUUUCUGGUAUUUGGAGCCCUGGAGAUCAACACUGUCACAUGUCAGCUGAACUGUUCCGACCAUGGCCACUGUGACUCAUUCACUAAACGCUGUAUCUGUGACCCUUUUUGGAUGGAGAAUUUCAUCAAGGUGCAGCUGAGGGAUGGCGACAGCAACUGUGAGUGGAGUGUGUUGUACGUUAUCAUUGCUACCUUUGUCAUUGUUGUUGCCUUGGGAAUCCUGUCUUGGACUAUAAUCUGUUGUUGUAAGAGGCAAAAAGGAAAACCCAAGAGGAAAAGCAGAUACAAGAUCCUGGAUGCCACUGACCAGGAAAGCCUGGAGCUGAAGCCAACUUCUCGUGCAGGCAUCAGACAGAAAGGCCCCAUGCUGAGCAGCAGCCUGAUGCACUCCGAGUCUGAGCUGGACAGCGACGACGCCAUCUUCACGUGGCCAGACCGGGAGAAGGGCAAACUCCUGCACGGUCAGAAUGGCUCCGUGCCCAACGGGCAGACCCCGCUGAAGGCCCAGAGCGCGCGGGAGGAGAUCCUGUAGCUGCCGUCGGUCCCUCGGGCGGGGCGGGGUGGGCGGACCCGAGCCCCGCCGGCCGACUCCCUACCUCCCAGGUCUAGGUCUGUGGGCAGCUGUUCUCCAGCCGCUGCUGCUCACGCCCCCAGAACCGCUGGUACUUGAAUCCACGCUCGCCUGCCCGGGAGCCCCUGAACGAAGCUGUGAAGGAAGAGGUUGCCUCUGUAACCUGUCCCGAAGGCCCCGCCCAAAUCUUCUCACCUCAGGGCCUCCUUUUUUGCACCGCCCCCUGCCUGGGGCACAGCCGGCCUCUGGCCUCCUCUCUGCCUGCCUUGUGGCAGUGCUGCCCAACCCAGUGCACCUCACGGGGCCUGCAGCGUUUCCCCACACGGACACAGAACCAGUCAGAACCCAGUGCCACCAGCCUGUGGCUCCGAAGGUUCUGGUCCCAGCACGUUCUUUCUUCUCAUUUCUGGGACAGAGGGUGCCCUCUGGUGGGGCCAGAAGGAAAUGGCAGCGCUGCCCCGCGGCCGCUGGCAGCGUAGGCAGAGCCUUUGCCCAGCCCCUCACGCUGGGGCCGGUCCCACUCCCCAGCGCCACGGAAGGGCGGCUGCGUCAGGGGCCGUUGUCCAGCAGCCCGGCCGCAUGCAGAUGUCUCGCUCCACUUCCUCCGACCAGCGCCUGCUGCUUCCAGGCUCAGGCCACCACCGUAUCCCUGGAUGAGACAGACUGGAAUGCUGUAGCAUGAGCGCGCAUGUGUGUGACUGCCCCACUGUGGUCCAUCUCCAACUCUCUCCUGUGUCCCUUGCACAUGUGUGUUGAGAGCCUGCGUGCGAAUCAACUUUUCAUAGGGCUGCGGCUGCUCACAGGCAACUCUGACUUGGAAACACUUUCAGCUCCUGAAUUCCUGUGGCCCCAUCGCUGGUUCCUCAGCCACGUAUCUGGGAGUUGAGGAAUGGGGAGUGACUUUUAAAAAAUGAUUUCUACUACUGUCUGUUGGAUGAUUAAACAUGCUAUUUAACUGGG